AUGUUGAAGUUUGACAUCACAAAGGUCAAGCCUCCCAAUGUGUCCCCUAAUAUCGAGAAUGCAUUGAACUCGUCUAUCAACUCAGACGCGUCAGUGGUGUCUAAUCCUACGAUGGUGCAAAUAAUAGAUAUCCACGACGUCACAGUAUCAAACCAAUCCCAGAGAAACAUCCUCAUUAAUUCCAUGGAUGAGAAUCAGGGAUUUGCAGAUCAGCAUCGUAACAGAAGACAGGUUAUCAAGAGCAUUGAAACUGAUAGCCCCACAGAUUCCCCGGAUCAAGAUUCAAAUGAGUUCAAAAGCUCUAUUUACGAAAACAAAGUAUUCAAAUUAACGUUUCAAGAUUCCUCAAAAAAAUUGAUUUAUGGAAUUAACUUAGAGCCGAUAUCAAAUAGUAUUAAGGAUAUGAAGUUGGGGACUAAAUUGAUACUGAAAAAUACCCCUAUUAGGCAUGGUUGUCUUUUGCUUUCUAAGGACACCAUGAUUGUAUUACCGAACUCUCACAUUGAUGAGUGGAACUAUAAUAGAGAUCAGCUCAAAUUAGACUAUCUGAAUCAACGGUUGGGGUUACCAGUUGAUAAAUAG